UUAUCAUCAUCAUUAUAUAGGAAACGAAACUUUAGUUUUAGAAAAAAGGGGGAAAAAAAAAGGAAUGGCCAAAAUGUUACAAAAUUGUGGCGUUACAAGUUUAAUCGUAGCAAUGACAGCAAUAUCAUUUCUUGCAGCUGUGGAAAAUAGCUACGAUUUGAUCGCAAUAGCGUGCAGCAAAACCCCAUAUUACCAGCUCUGUGAAUCUACCCUAAGGAAUGACCCAAAAAGCUGGGAUGCCAACCUCAAUGGCCUAACCCUAAUCAUGCUCAAUUCACUCUCAUUCCGCUCCAACCGAACCCUCGACGCCAUCAAUCAGUUUCUCAAGGAAAAGCCAGAAUUGAAAGUCCCUUUGACUAAUUGCCUCAACCUUUAUAGUUCCGUUGUGAAUUUCUUCAUCGUUGAUGCCAUUAAGGCCGCUAAUCGGAGUGAUAUUCCCCUUGGUCAAGAGUAUAUGUAUGAUUCCAAAAAGAGUAUUCACGAUUGUGAAAAUGGUUUCAAACCAAACCCUUCUCCUUUGGGUGUUGCUAAUGGCAUCAAUUCUGAUAUUUGUGAUAUCGCCUACAAUAUGUUCGGCUUGAUGAACACCACUUUAAUUCACUCUUGA